UACGUCGUGUGUGAUGGGUGAAGGGUGAGGAGGGAUGAGCCAUAAGGCCAUCACUUUCCAGGAGACAGCUGGUCUUGCGUCUCCAAACCACGCGAGGGGCUGUGGCAGCACAGCUGGGAAAACCCGCCCGGCCCAGGUUUGCGGGAGAGUUGGGUAUGUUUAGUUUCCAGAGGACAUUUGUGUUUUUUUGAACUCUUCUCUCUCUCUCUCUUCCGAAAUCUGGCAGGCGUUAGUCAUCCGCCGCUCAGCACGAACCCACAAGUGUGCUUGUGUGGCUCUGUGGGCUUCCUCCCGGCGCCCCGCCCUCGGGCUCACACUGCCUCACGCGAGCGAGCAGAGCGGUCUGCGCACCCUGGCCUGGGGUGUCCUGGGGUCCCCCGAGCGCUCAGCAUCCCCCGCCUGCAGAGGAUCGCCCCGUGGCUCCGGGCGGGUGUCUGGCGCCUGGAAGAAAGUUGUAAAGCGCCGCGAGGAGUUGGGCGGUCCGAGGAAGGGAGGCGGAAGGGGAGGACUCGGCUGAGUUCCCGCGGCGAUCGUGGGGUCCCCCGGAGUCUGUCCCCAGCUCACCACCGCAGCUAGACGUCAGCUUUCCGGCCCCGGAUUGGCGCUAAAGACUAGACCCGAGCCCGGGAGGAACUUAUCCAGCGAGCUGUCGCCUCGGGCCUUAUUGUCUGCAGCAGCUCUCCCGAAUCCGGAGGGGGAGGACUGGACCGCGCUCCCACUGGGAUUUGUCCAGAGUUCCGGCGGCAGCUGUGCCGGCCGCAGAGACUCCCUUUGUCCUUCCAGGACCUCCCUCUCUCCCUUCUCGGUGGCCGCUGUCGGGUGGCGCUGAGCCUGGAGUUAGCGUCCCAGUCCCUUUCAGCCUCUGACCCCAGAGUGAGUCCUUGGUGACUCCGCCUCUUCGCAUCUCAGCUCUGCGGACCCGAGAGCCCAGAGGCCGGAGACAGGAGCCCAAGGGGCUGUGAGCCAGUGGGAGCUGCCGGGCCCCGGCCCCAGGAUGGUGACGGGUCGGUCCCGGGCGCGCAGCCCUGGGAGCUGGCUGUUCCCUGGCCUGUGGCUGCUGGCUGUGGGCGGUCCGGGGUCGUUGCUGCACGCCCAGGAGCAGCCCUCUUGCAAAAAAGCCUUCGAUCUGUACUUCGUCCUGGACAAGUCCGGGAGUGUUGCGAAUAACUGGAUUGAGAUUUAUAAUUUUGUCCAGCAGCUUACAGAAAGGUUUGUGAGCCCUGAAAUGAGAUUGUCCUUCAUUGUGUUUUCUUCUCAAGCAACCAUUAUUUUGCCAUUAACUGGAGACAGAUACAAGAUUAGGAAAGGACUGGAGGAUUUAAAAGCUGUUAAGCCAGUUGGAGAGACAUAUAUCCAUGAAGGACUGAAGCUUGCAAAUGAACAAAUUCAAAAUGCAGGAGGCUUGAAAACCUCCAGUAUCAUAAUUGCCUUGACAGACGGCAAGCUGGAUGGCUUGGUACCAUCGUAUGCAGAGAACGAGGCAAAGAAAUCCAGGUCACUUGGCGCUAGUGUUUAUUGUGUUGGGGUCCUUGAUUUUGAGCAAGCUCAGCUGGAAAGAAUUGCUGACUCCAAGGACCAAGUUUUCCCUGUUAAAGGUGGAUUUCAAGCUCUUAAAGGGAUCAUCAAUUCUAUACUAGCUCAAUCAUGUACUGAAAUCCUGGAAUUGAGUCCUUCAAGUGUCUGUGUUGGGGAGGAGUUUCAAGUUGUUCUAAGUGGGAGAGCAGUCACAUCCAGCAGUCAUGACGGCAAUGUCCUCUGCACGUUCACCGUGAACAGCACCUACUCGAAGAGUGAAAAACCAGUACUUGUUCAGUACAAUUCCAUACUUUGUCCCGCACCUGUCCUGCACAAGGCUGGAGAAACUCUUGAAGUUUCCAUCAGCUUUAAUGAUGGGAAGUCUGCCAUCUCAAGAUCCUUAACAGUCACAGCUACGGAAUGUUCUAAUGGGAUCGCAGCCAUCAUAGUGAUUUUGGUGUUGUUGCUGCUCUUGGGUAUCGCCUUGAUGUGGUGGUUUUGGCCCCUUUGCUGUAAAGUGGUUAUCAAGGAUCCUCCCCCACCACCUUCUGCACCAAAGGAGGAAGAGGAAGAAGAGCCUUUGCCCAACAAGAAAUGGCCGACUGUGGACGCUUCCUAUUAUGGUGGUCGAGGAGUUGGAGGCAUUAAAAGAAUGGAGGUCCGCUGGGGUGAUAAAGGAUCCACCGAGGAAGGUGCAAGGUUAGAGAAGGCGAAAAAUGCCGUGGUGAUGAUCCCCGAAGAAGAGAUACCCGUCCCACCAAGACCGCCUCGGCCCAAAUCCACACACCAGGCCCCUCAGACAAAAUGGUACACGCCAAUUAAGGGUCGUCUGGAUGCACUCUGGGCUUUGAUCAUGAAGCAAUAUGACCGAGUGUCCUUGAUGAGACCCCAGGAAGGAGAUGAGGUACAGAGUGCCAAGGCAUUUGCUCCUCUGUGCUCAUCAACUUGAUGUGAAAAGUGUAUUUGCA